CUGACAUCUAACCUUAAAACAGUCUGUUUACUUUUGCUUCUCAUUUUGUAGGGAGAUGACAGGAGUGUCCUGCAAGUAGAUAUAAGUGUAGUGAAAAACAUGACUUAAAACAGAAAUAUGUGAGUUUCGUUCGCGUGAAAGUUAUCCGAAACCCAGUGCCAUGCAUUUACCAUUUAAUUACAGAAUUAGGUGCGAGAAAAAAUGACGGUUCCCACAAAAAUCGCAAUUUCCAAAGUUUAUAAUUUCACCAAGUCCUCGCUCUACAAAAGAUACAAAAAUUUUUUCUUUGUUUUACUCAUAAUUUGUAUAUUUAUAGCACUCUCUGUCCCGCUAUUAAACCUCUCCAGCGAUUCGUCUAAAAGUUAUGAAAGAAUCGAUUUUCACAACUUGAAUAACCUACCCCUAGUGAAGUUAACGAAUAGUGUUAGCAUAGUGACUCCUAGAAAUUCGCAAUGCACGCAUUGGGACUGCUUCAACAUCUACAAAUGUGGCCAUACCGGACAUGAUAGGAUAUCGGUGUACGUGUACCCCCUCAGGAAAUAUGUGGACGAAAGGGGUGUGCCCGCCACUGAGCACUUAUCCAGAGAAUAUUAUCAUUUACUUAACGCUGUGAUCAAGUCUAAAUAUUAUACGGCUAAUCCGAAGGAGGCUUGUAUUUUUAUUCCAUCCAUAGAUACUCUCAAUCAAGAUAGACUUAGACUGAAUUUAACGUCUAGAGCUCUCAGUUCUCUUCCAUAUUGGCGGGGAGGUGAGAACCACCUUAUUUUCAACAUGAUAUCCGGCAAUUCCCCGGACUUUGCUCAAGUGAUCGAAUUAGAUGUAGGCAAGGCAAUGAUAGCCGGAGCAGGUUUCGACACCUACACCUUCAGAGAAAAAUUCGAUGUUUCAAUACCGGUAUUUAGUCCUGUAGCUAGAUUAGGAGCCGUAAGGAAUAUAUCUCAUAAAAGAUCUUGGCUGGCGACGUCCUCCCAAAUAAACGUCGAUCCGUUCUUUCUCAACGAACUCCAGAAAUUGCGUUACCACCAUCACGAUUACCUGUUAAUACUCGACGCCUGUCACAGGCACGAAUACACCCAACGAUGCGACAUCGAAACCGGGCAAACCUUCGACUACCCCCAAGUACUCAAAGAGUCCAUCUUUUGCCUCGUCUUCCGCGGAGAAAGGAUGGGUCAAUUCGUUCUGUUGGAAGCCAUGGCAGCUAAUUGCAUACCUGUGAUAAUUUCGGACGGCCACGUGAUGCCGUUCCACGAUACCAUCGAUUGGAAGAGAUUCGCGCUGUUCGUGAUGGAGAGCCACAUCGGUACGCUCAUGGACGUGGUGAAUGGCGUGUCGGAGAAGAGGAUCGUCGAAAUGCAGCGCACUUUGCUGCACAUUUACGCGGCGCAUUUCGCGAACAUGAAGAAAAUCGUCAUGACCGCUCUCGAUGUGCUGCAGGAGAGGGUCUAUCCACAUUUGAGCAGGACCUACGACGAGGUUAAUUUGAGGUCUGACGAAAUCAAUCGAAAUCCUUUAUUCUUUCCAAUGACUUCCCCGAAGUCGCACGGGUUUUCUGCUGUUAUUUUAACGUACGAUAGAGUGGACAGUUUGUUCACGCUUGUAGAAAGAUUAUCGAAAGUUCCUAGUUUGAUGAAAAUUAUAGUCGUAUGGAAUAAUCAGAAGAAAAACCCACCUCCUCUAUCGGAAUUUCCAAAAAUUCAGAAACCUAUAAACAUUAUUAGGACGAGAGCUAAUAAGUUAUCGAACAGAUUUUACCCGUUCAAGGAAAUCGAAACGGAGGCAGUCCUACACUUAGACGACGAUAUCGUGAUGUUAACAUCGGAUGAAAUCGAAUUCGCGUACGAAGUUUGGAGGGAAUUUCCAGACCGAAUAGUUGGAUUUCCUUCUCGAACCCACAUAUGGGACAACGUAACGAACACCUGGAAAUACGAAUCGGAAUGGAUGAACGAAAUAUCCAUGGUACUCACCGGAGCAGCUUUUCUACACAAAUACUGGAGCUAUUUAUACACGAAACACCUUCCCGUCGAAGUGAGAGAUUGGGUGGACGAGCACAUGAACUGCGAGGACAUAGCGAUGAAUUUUUUGGUGGCUAACAUUACGGAUAAGCCGCCCAUCAAGGUGGCGCCCAGGAAGAAGUUCAAGUGUCCCGAGUGCGCCAGCAACGAGAUGCUAUCGGCGGAUUUGGGGCACAUGGUCGAGCGAUCGCAGUGCAUCAGCAAAUUCGAAAGGGCCUUCGGCCGGAUGCCCCUCCGGUCCGUCGAGUUUAGAGCGGACCCGGUGCUCUUCAAAGAUCCGUUCCCAGAGAAAUUGAAACGGUUUAACGAUAUAGGCAGCUUGUAAAUUAUCUAGUUCUUUUUAAUUAAAUUUAGUUGAAUUUGUAAAUAUUGUAAAUAACGUUGUACUGAUUUUUCGAGCAGGGUUAUAUAUUUUUUUAUAUGUUGUAUUAAUUUUUUAUUGUUCCUCGUUUG